UAUCCAGUCGGGAAAAAAAUGUGACCUUUUCGCUUUUCUAAUCGCGAUAUUUUGAGAAUAAUGAUGUGGGCAUCAUCUUCGCCCUUUUCUCUUGCCCCAGCCUUAAAACCUACCCUUCGCUUUUCCCCAAAUCGCCGUCCCUUCUCAGAUUCCAAUCUCAGACCCUCUGCGAGAUUCAAUUUUAGAAGUUCAGUACAGUGUGUCAGCAGCAGAACACCUGGUCCUGAUUCAGUAGGUGAGAAUGAGAAUAAAGUUGUCUUGGAUGCAUUUUUUUUGGGCAAGGCUUUUGCCGAAGCGGUGAAUGAGCGAAUAGGUUCCGCCGUCGGGGAAAUCUUAAGUGUGGUUGGUCAGUAUCAAGCUGAGCAGCAGAAGCAAGUACGAGAUUUUCAGGAGGAAGUAGUGGAGAGGGCUGAAAGAGCCAAGAAGAAAGCUGCACUGGAGGUCGCAGAGGAUCAAGGCCUCACUUCAAUACCUUUAGCAAUGCCUCCAGGGUCCAUAACGCCAAUUGCGCCUUCUACCUCAGGUGCUACAACUGAGGACCCUUUUCAAGAGAUGCUGAAGGAUUAGCUUGAGCCAGGUUAUCAGUAUGCAAUAUGUUUCUCUUCUAAUACAUGAUAACAAUUUGUAUUUUUAGCUUUAGAUUUGGGAAGCAAAGGCAAUGGUCAACAACUGUUGUAUUCAAACGAUUUGAGAUUGUUCAAUUAGAAUCAAUCCACUUUCUAGACCCUUGUUUGUCUAGGUAAUUCUCUGGGCAUUUUGGUUGA